CCGCUGCCGCUCCGACCCGCAUGCCGCUCUUCCUGCCGCGCUUCCGCUGCUAACCGCGUCGCCAUGCCUUCUGCAGGUCCCGAACAUGACUUCCAGGUGCCUCGAGAGCCAUACUGUCGCUCUGCCCACGGCACCGUGUAUUAUUUUCCGAGACGACAGGCCGACCACGGGCGCCGUCUCGAUCCCGAUCACUUCCCGGCCGCGCUGAUCCAGCCCCGCCAGCGACGUCCACACUCCAUCCACAUCGUAUCAUACCCACCAGGCUUUGUGCCGCCCGAUCUGCGGUCGCCAAAGACGUCGAGAGGCACCGCUGCGAGACAGGAGAAGAGGAAGAGGAGGAAGAGAGAGAAGGAGGAAGCGAAGCAGAGGAAGAAGGGAGAAAAGGAGAGGGAGAGACAAGAGAAGGAGAGGAGACGAGCCGACAAGGAAAACAGCGAGAAGCAACAGAAGAGGCGGUCUUUGCGGUCACUUUCGUCCGGCAGCGGCAGAUUUGGCAGGGUGGUCGACAAAAUUGUUGCCGCCUUCUCCAUCACGCCGAAACCACCGCCCGCCGCCUCCGCUCGCCCGGCCGGGAACACCCCCCGGUCUCGUCCGUCAAGCUUCAUCAGCUUUGCUCGGAGACUUUCCCGUCUCGAACCGGCGACGUCUGAGCCCAUCCUUGCCGGUGAGCCGGAUCCCGAACCUGCCAGCAUGACCGCCGUUACAGUGCCCCGGCCCCAAGCCGCAAUCACAACGGCCGUGAUGCCGGAAAACCGGAACACCAUCAUGUCGAUCCGGUCCUCUAAGAGCAUGAUGAGCUCAUCCGCUUGCGAAGUCCAGAAGCCGGUCGCGUCCGGCAGUGGCGUGUCAUGUUCCAUCCUGCUGGCCGAGCCCAACGUCUUCCUGAGCGGCUUCGACCACGACCGCCACACGCGCCGCAGCAUUCAGAGCACCAGCGCCCUGCUACGCGGGAAGCUGCAGCUAAACGUCUCCAAGAAUGUCAAGAUCAAGGCUAUCACGUUGAGGCUGGUUGGCAAGGGGAGAACCGAAUGGCCCGAAGGUAUACCUCCGUCCAAGUCAGAGGUGUUUGAAGAGACGACCCUACGCGCUCAGUCUCUGAUCUUCUUCCACGCCAUGCACGAGGGCAUGUGGGACACCGAGUACGGCAGCCAAUGUACCUACAUCCUCAAGAACGCAAGCCCCAUGGGCUCGCGACACUCGACCGUCACCAGCGGAUCUCUCCCGAUACCCGGCAAGGGCCGCAGCAGUACCCUGACCGCCAAGGAGCUGAAGCGGCUCUCGCUUCAAUCCGUCAACUCGCGUAGCUUCGGCAAGGCCGAUUCUCCGCACAUCAACCAUGUUCAUGCAAAAGGGUACAAGAUCUUCCCCCCCGGAACCUACGAGUACGCGUUCGAACUGCCCAUCGACCACAGCCAGCCCGAGACGGCGAGACUCCCGUUCGGGUCCGUUCGGUGGGACCUGGAGAUGACCGUGGAGCGCGCGGGCGCCUUCAAGCCGAACCUUCACGGCUCAAGGGAGGUGUCGAUCGUUCGCUUGCCGGACCAGAUAUCGCUCGAGACGGUCGAGCCCAUCUCCAUCAGUCGUCUCUGGGAGGACCAGCUGCACUACGACAUUGUCAUCUCAGGCAAGAGCUUUCCCAUCGGCGCCAAGAUACCCAUCGCCUUCAAGCUCACGCCGCUCGCCAAGGUGCAGGUCCACAGGCUCAGGGUGUUCGUGACCGAAAACAUCGAAUACUGGACCAACGACCGCCGCGUGACGCGAAAAGACGCCGGCCGCAAGAUUCUGCUCCUGGAGAAGGCGGCCGGAAUGCCGCUAGACAAGCGCUUCUCCGCAAGCGACGUUCGCGUGGUUUGCGGCGGCGAACUCUCACCCGAACAGCGAGAGGAGGCUCGGAUGAUGGCUGCGCGCCGCAGGAUGAGGGACGCGUCGUGGAACCGCGGAUCCCCGGAGCCACUGCCGGAGCCCAGCGACAACCUGCUGGGCGACCUCGAUCUCGGUCUCGAGACCUUCUGGGGCAGCACCGAGAUCGAGAUGAACGUCCAGCUCCCGACCUGCGACAUGAUGGCGCGUGAUAAGCUCUUGCGUCUGCAUCCGGACUGCAGCUGGAAGAAUGUGAACGUCUUCCACUGGAUUAAGGUCGUCAUGCGCAUCUCUCGGUCGGACCCGGACGAUCCGACAGGGAAACGCCGCAGGCAUUUCGAGAUCAGCAUCGACAGCCCAUUCACAGUCCUCAACUGCCGCGCGACGCAGGCCAACACGGCACUCCCCCGGUAUAGCGGCAGCGGCGCCCCGGUGAUCCCCGAGCAACGCCAGCAAAUGUCGUGCGGCUGUCCAGACGCUCAACCGCUCGACCCAAGCGCGGCCGCGCUUGCCCGGCCCCUUACGCUGGUCGAACAAGACUUCAUCAACGCCAGCGGGCGGCGAUUGCGCCUCGACGGCUCGGCUAGCCUCCCUAGCGUGCCGCUAGCCGCCCAUCGACCGAGCGGCCGACAAACCGUCUCCUCCAGCGACGCCCGCCCGGAAACGUUCUUCACCCCGACAGAGCAGGACCGCCCGAUUCACCUCCUCCGGUACCCGUCUCACAAUCCGCCCGCCUUCGACGCCGAUGAGCCCCCACCUCCCCUGCCGCUGCAGACACCUCCGCCGCAGUACGACCUCAUCGUCGGCACCCCGAGCGUUGACGGUCUGGCGGAUUACUUUGCCCGUCUCGCAGCAUAUGAGGGCAAUGAGGGCAACGGCGCCGCGGGAGCAUGUCCAGGCGGAGAAGAACAGGCUGCAGACCGAGUCGAGAGCGGGAGCGACGCGGACACCGUCGGCCCGGACACCGACAACACUGGCGGCGAGGCCACGCGGCCGUCGACGGCAUCCACCGCCCCGCCUCCCGUGCUACCGCAGCAACCUUCACCAGCCGGAGCUGUGGCGCACUGGCACGCCGACACAAGCACCGGCACGGUCGGGGACGAGGUUGACCCCUUCAAGAAUCUCUCCAUGGAUUCGGGCGACCAGGAGAGCGGGAGGCCUCCGACAGAAGCGCCAGCGCCAGCGCCAGCGCCAGCGCCGACACUGGCUCCGGCACCGGCUCCCUGCCCAGGAAGCCGCGGAGGCGGCGACGACGGCGACGACGCGGCCGACGCCGAGUCGUCUGGGUCGGAAGACAGCGUCGACGAAGAGCACGGCCGCGCGCGACUGCACCGGGGCGGGCGCGUCAACGUGGCCAACCCGCGGACGCCCGGCGGCCGGAUGGUGCCCAGCCGCAGCCUCGAGAUCGAACGGCCCACCGUGCGGCUGGACAUGACGAACGUGCUGAGGCGGAGAGCGGACCGGGCGUGAUGAUAUAUACAUAUGAUAUUCUCUUUCCUCAACACCCCCCUCCCCUUUUUUUUUCCCCCACCUCCCCUCUGAGGUCGGAGUUACGCAUCUUCUGCUGGCAUUGCUCCUGCACCAGUGACACC